AUGGCUUCUUUCAAGAAUCUGAUAUUCAUCGCCUUGGCCGUGUACGCCGUGUCCGCCGAAGACAACAAACCCGCAGAUGAUGGAGCAAGAGUAAAGAAACACGCCUACGUUGCCGCUGCCCCAGCUCCGGUCUUGGCUUACUCUGCAGCAGCCCCAGCAUACCCGUACUCAGCAUACUCUGCUUACCCAGCCACCUACGCUUACAAAUACUCCACCCCAGCUGCCUACGCAGCACCAGCUGCUUAUGCCGCUCCAGCUGCCUACGCCGCUCCAGCUGCCUACGCCGCUCCAGCUGCCUACGCUGCUCCUGCUGCCUAUGCUGCACCGGCUGCCUACGCCGCCACCCCAUACGCCGCUUACUCGAGCUACGCAGCUUACCCGAGCUACGCCGCCUACCCGAGCUACGCAGCUUAUGACGAUGGAAAAUACUACCCAGGCAAAUACGAGAAGUCUUACUUCCCAGCAGCCUACAAAGCCGCAUACCCGGUCGCCUAUCACUACUGA